AUGUCGGCGACAAGGACUCAGGAGAUCGCACAGGUCGACAGCAAUGCCAUCGAGCAGCUGCGGGACGACGUGGAUGCAGGCCACGCCAGCCACACGGACAGCGAGAGCCUGGCCGGACCGUUUGCGGAUCGCAGCCCAGCAGCCUCGGCGUCAUCGCACUCGCAGUCGGGGUCGCUCUCGCACUCUGCGUCGCUCUCGCCCUCGUCGUACGGUCGGCCAGGGUCCAGCUCGAUGCCGAACAGCAACUCGUCCAAUUCGUUUGGUUUCGCGGGCGCUCGCCACCUCUCGUACAACUCGACCGCCUCGUCCGGCACAAACACGCCCAGCGUGGGCUUCUACCAAGCAUCUGCCGUCUCGCAUCCCAACUCGCUCGCGGCGCUGCAGCACCGCCGGCCGAUCGUACGCAGCACGCUGCGGACCGACGAGCCGGUCGACAAGCCGUGGCUAGAGUCGACGCAGCGCCGCAAGUCGGACCGCAAGGCUUACUGGAUCUUUGUGGCCGCCGUCGCGGCCGGCAUCGCGGCUGCGGCCGUCAUGAUGUACACGGCCUACGCCAGCGUCCCACGCAACAAGUAUUGCCUUGUGCUCCAGGAUGACUUCGAGGGCGACACGCUCAACACCGACAUCUGGCUGCGCGAGGUCGAGACGAGCGGGUUCGGCAACGGCCAAUUCGACUGGACGACGGACAGCACCAACAACAGCUACGUCCAGGACGGCAAGCUCUACAUCGUGCCCACCCUCACCUCGGACUCGCUCGGCGAGGGCGCCAUCGUCGACGGCUACACGCUCAACCUCACCGCUGACGGCAGGUGCACCGCCAGCAACAAGUCGGACGACAACUGCGCAGUGGCCAGCAACGCCACCACGGGCGUCGUGCUCCCGCCCAUCCAGAGCGCCAGGCUCAUCACCAACUUCUCGCGCACCAUCCGCUACGGCCGCGUCGAGGUGCGCGCCAAGCUGCCCACGGGCGACUGGCUCUGGCCCGCCAUCUGGAUGAUGCCCAAGGACAGCGUCUACGGUGCCUGGCCGCGCUCCGGCGAGAUCGACAUCAUGGAGAGCAAGGGCAACCUCCCCACCACGAGGGGCGAUGCCGUGGUCAACGCGCAGAAGAGCUCGCUGCACUUUGGCCCCAACUGGAUGUUCGACGGCUACUCCAAGGCGACCGACGUGCGCAAGCUGUGGCGAACGUACUUCAACGAGGGCUUCCACACCUUCGGGCUGGAAUGGACCGAAGAGGGCAUCUACACGUGGGAGCGCUCGCCCGUGUACAAGGUGCUGGUGCACAAGUUCGACGAGGACUUUUGGAAGCUGGGCGAGUUCCCGCCCAUGAUGGGCAACGGCACGCUGCUGCAGAACCCGUGGUCUCGCGCCGCCAACCCCAAGAUCGCGCCGUUCGACCAGGACUUCUACCUCAUCCUCAACGUCGCCGUCGGCGGAACAAACGGCUACUUUGAGGACGACCGCUUCCCCAACAAGCCGUGGAGCAACCAGGCCGAGAAUGCGCGCUCCGACUUCUGGAACGCCAGGGACAAGUGGCUCCCCUCGUGGCCCCAGGAAAAGGAGAAGAGGGCCAUGGUCGUCGACAGCGUCAAGAUGUGGCAGAAGUGCUGA